AUGGCAGGCUUCGUCAACCGCGAGAACCGCGUCCCUCACUACCAGCGCCUCUUCCAGAAGCAUGAUGGUCUCCGACUUUGGGAGAAGUCCCGCGGAAAGUACAUCAUGCCCGUCUACAAGGCCAUUCUGUUCGGCAGCUUCGCUUCCAGCAUGUACAUGAUGGGUCGUCUUGUCCUUGGACACAAGACUUGGUUCGGAAAGAACUAG